AUGGCGCAGGUAAAGUCCUCGCCUGCACACCUGGCCAACAAGCUGGCUGCUACCGGAAACCUGCGCACACCAAUACCCCAUGGUCGCCCUUCCGAUACAGGUACGGUGAAUGUGAUCCACUCGGGAGAACUGCGCAGCCGCUUUCUCGAAGUCGACAAACAGGACAAAGAUUGCACGACAUCCAAAAAGUCGGUGGGUGACUGCUACGGAGGGGCCGCCAGGAUGAGCUACCAGAUAUUGGUCAACAAACCAGGGAUAUCAAUUCUCACCGGCAACGUAUAUACUGGCCACGUGUGGUACAGAAUAAAGGGCCCCGAAGUGGUUGUUGACAUGCUCAAAAGCUUGGAUUUUGAUGUGAUGACCUUAGGGAUUCAGGAAUUUCACAUCGGUCCUCGCGGCCUGAUACCUUUGUUCCGCGACCCAGACUUGAAAACGAAAAUAGUGCUGUGCAACGUCGACUUCAGCCGCGACCACGUGCUCACCAAGCUGCCGAAACUGCCGACCCGCUCUACCAUACUGACCAUGGACAACCUCAAAAUUGGCAUCGUUGGCUACGUGUCCGAUCUCGUGCGUGUUAUGGGCCAGCCGGGCGUGACGAUCAUUAUCAACGACCCUUUGGAGAGCCUCCGGAACGAGUCGAAAAAAUUACGAGAUGAGGGUUGUCACGUUGUGAUCGCUAUCGGGGGUGGUGACCCCAACGAAGACCGAACUCUGGCCGACAGCUUGACCGACAUCACCGCGUUCGUGGUGAAGUAUCAAGGUCGAUUCGCAUACCCUUCUACGGCGACCGAAAAGCACGGUCUGGAUUUCGAGCAAGACCUGGACUAUCCGAUAAACUUCACCCGCUCGACCGACGGCAAGCAAGCGUACAUAUUCGCCUCUACGGACCACUUCCAGCUGCUCAGCAAGUUCCAGAUGACCGUGCAGAUGCGCGACUCGCGCAUAAUCAGUGCUAUAGGCACUCCCAUCAUUCUUGACUUCCAGGCUCCCGAAGACAGAAAGACUCGACAACUAAUGGACUAUUAUACGGGGAUUAUCAAGCCUAAAGCCAGGCAGGUGAUCGGGACGACAAAGCUGCCCACGUACCCGAGCCCCAGUGUCUUUCUUAGUCAAGACUCUCAGCCAUGA